AGAUUAUCGUCAGCUUCUGAGGUCCCGCUGCUGCUCUUUGCAAGGCAGAGCGGAAUUGUGGCAGUGAGGCAAACCGACGAUAGAUCGGGUCGUUGGCUGACGGAGCAUGUCUCAGUGGUGCAACGUACUGGGCCUGGCUUGGCUUUGUGGCACAUGAUUCAUAGACCGUUUGCCUUUUACCGAUCGAUUCUCGCACGACAAUGGUCAAUAUGUGCUAGUCCGUGCUAUAUAUCCGCGCAGUGUGACCUGGUCAUCAAUCUUACACCAACCCGAGUAACUCGGACAUCUUCUUCCCUCACUCCCUCCUCCUUUCGUUCAUUCGGGUGCUUCUUCACACUUUCACGCCAUUCGAGCAUCUACUUUUUCUAGCAUUAGCGACUUUGAAGACGGGGGAGCCAUGACGUCCAUCGAGAACUUUGACCGCCUCUUGGCGGGCCAUCUCGGCGCCGCACCGCUCAUGACCCAAAGCCAGGAGCCUUCGUCGGACGGCGGGCAUGGUGAGACGCCCUUGCGGACACCCUCAUUCACGGGCAGCAUCGCCUCGGAGUCGGUCAAGGGCGGCGGCGAAGACCGCGCACUGAAGCUUCAGCAGCUCUACCGUGCCCUGGCCGACCUCUACACGGACACAGAGCACAUCGGCACCCAACCAGAGGCCCGCGAGACGGACUCGGCUUCCGCAAGCCCUCCCCAUGGAUCCUUCUCGGCUUCCGUUCCCGACUCAGCUUCAGCGAGCCCACCUCGUGGAUCCUUCUCGGCUUCCGUUCUGGGAACCGCAUUCGCAUCGUCCUCGUCCGCCUCGUCGCUCUGGGAGAUGCAGCGGUCGGGCCCACCUUCGGACACCAUCGAGGAGGAGCCACGAAUGCUGGAUCUCGAUGACGUCUACUUUACAAAGACGAUGCUGCCCGAGAGGCAGCAGGACGAUGGCCGCAACGUGCUGGCGCGCCACUUCCCACAGCUCACGGAAGCACCCGCACGCAUGUUUGGCGAGGAUGGAUCGCCGCUGCCGCCGACGAAGAAGGAGGAAACGACGGCCGAGGAGCGGGAGGCGCGCAAGCGGGCGCUGGUACUGCGCUACCGUGGGAAGAAGAUGCACUCGCUCAUCAAGUCGAUGGUCGUCAUGGAGUCGCGCAGCAUCAACUGGAAGCGGGUGGGCGACGACGAGAACAACUUUGGCGUCGCCACCCUGCCCGCGCUGCCCGAUGUCUGGGCCCUCGACAUUGUUCACCAGGACCUGGACAACCUGCAAAAGACAAAGGCCAAGCGCGUCUUUGAGCUCGCCGACAGCCGCUGCGGUGGUCAGUGCCCUGCUUGCCGCGGCACAAAAACAGCCGCAUGUGCGACGUGCAAGGGAACGCCGGCCGAUGAGUGCUGGUGGUGCAACGGCUCCGGCAAACAAAAGGGAUCCAAGUGCAGGCGCUGCCUCGGCAAGGGCAAGCUCGACUGCCAGGCCUGCUCGGGCACCCUCCGCUCGCCGUGCCAGCCCUGCAAGGGCCAGGGAACAGGCCUCUAUGCUGCCUUUGUCCAGGUCCGCGUCCGCAGAGUCGACUUCCCGCCUCUGCCCACGUCGAGCCUCACGCAGAGCCGGGACCCCAACGCGAUACGGCUCGCGGCGACAAAGAGGACAAAGGAGCUCAUCGAGCGCCUGACUGAAGCCAGCAACGCAAAGUCAAAGAAUCACCACGCGCCACUGACGGCCUCGUGCGCCUGGGAAACAUCGGCCUCACACCUCGUCGAGGUCGAGGUGCCUCUGGCUGCCAAGCUGCGCAAGCGCAAGUCCCUCGUCUCCCUUUCGCGAAAGUCGUCCUCGGCCAGCCUCUCCUCGUCAGCGGCUGGCCAGAGCAACGCAUCGGAGGAGCUCGUCUCCAGUGGCCUGCUGGGCCGCAAGAUCGUCACCUCGCUCCGCUACUUUCUCCUGCCCUCGGACCCGGAUCUGCAGCCAGCCGAGCUGGCGCGGUCCGACUUUGAGCGCGCCCUGGCCUCGUCGUCGCCCAAGCUCGAGCAGGAGGCGCCUCAGCAGGACGCAUACCUCAGCCCGCCCACGUCGCCCUCUGCCAGCGGCAGCAUGACGCCCGUCCUGGGUGCUUUCCGGCCCUACGUCAGCCCGCUGACGCAGAUGGCUCUCACUCCUGACGGCUCAAGGCCUGCAUCGCGCUUCCACUCGCCCAUCCAUUCGCCUGCCAAACCCUCGACGCCCGACAUCGUCGAGCGCGACAGCUACUUUGGCAGUCACGUCAAGAGGGCCUCGCAUGCCAGGUCUGUUUCGGCUGGCCGAUUCCCCAUCUUCAACCACCAUCUCUCAGCAUCUCAAGCCUCCACGCCUCGCGCCUAGAGGCUACCCAACUUCCAUUCCUUCUGCUCUCCUACUUUCUGUGUAUCAUCCAUUAUAGCCCAGCAUAGCAGUCAUUCAACCGUACGUUUACCUUGUUCAUACUCUCGUUAAUCUAGUGCAUUACCAAUACUAUUAGCCAUU